ACUCAGCGCCAGUACAAGUAUGUCUGCGUUUGCAUUCGGUGGAACUAUUGUAGAAUGGGUUGCUGUGAUUACUUUCGAAAGUUUAGUAAUAGUGAAAAUUUAGUCUGUUGAGACGGCGUUUGGAGUGUUUUCUUUCGUGCUAGCAUUGAAUCGGUCGUGUUUCGUAUCGGGAUACGUGGUCUUUUUGUUCUCCAGUGGGCUGAUAAGUUGCCGAAAUUGGGCGCGCGGUGGAGCGAAUCAGGAAAAUAAACCAGAAGAAAAGCUAGCGAAAAUGGAGAACGCGAAAAACAACCCCAGCGCAAACACAGCCGUGACCAGGAGCGAUACAACACCCAGCGGCGAUGGCUCCGGUGGUCAGCAAACCAUCAAAAGUUCCAGCGGUGGCAGCAAGCUGAAACGAGCCUUCUCCCUGUCGCGUAAUCCGUUCCAGUCUGUCUCGCGGCAGGCCAAGAAAGUGACGGAAAAAUCCGCGACUCUUGCGACACCAGCAGCAGCAGCGACGAUGAUGAAUGCGAGCGUUGUGACCUCGGAGCAAAAUUCCAUCAACAGUGGCGGUGGGCCGGGAAGGGGAGGCGGAAACGGCAAUGAGUCGAAAAUUCAAGGCAGUGCCGAGGCCAAGAGUGGCCCCGAGAAGAAGAUUUUGAGGCGUCUGUCGGUGAAGAAGUUCAUCAAUCGCAUUGCACAACAAAUGACAUAUGGCAAUCUGACUGGUCAUCAAAAGGGAGAGCGCAUUCCACUGGUUCCACCGGCGAACGGUUUCGUCUGGCCGCCCGACACGGUACCGGGUGUGAUUGGGUUGCGUAACCACGGCAACACCUGCUUCAUGAAUGCCGUCCUCCAGUGUCUCAGCCACACGGACAUCCUGGCGGAGUAUUUCGUUUUAGAUCAAUACAAGGCGGAUCUAAAGCGACGCAACAAGAUCAACGCGAAAAAAUUCGGUACCAAGGGAGAGCUGACCGAGCAGCUUGCGCUAGUGCUGAAGUCUUUGUGGAUGUGCAAAGAUGCUCCCGAGCAUAGUACAAGCUUUAAAGCCGUUGUGGAUCGAUACGGUAGUCAAUUCCGGAGCUCGACGCAGCACGACGCGCAGGAGUUUCUUUUCUGGUUGCUGGAUAAGGUGCAUGAGGAUCUCAACACGGCGAGUAAGCGGAAAUAUAAGACGAUAAAAAACAACUAUGGGCGCUCGGACGAAGCGAUUGCAGCCGAAACGUUGGCGAACCACAUCCGCUGCAACAACUCGUUCGUGCAGGCUGUCUUCCAGGCCCAGUUUCGAUCCUCGCUGACUUGUCCACGGUGCCAUAAGCAGAGCAAUACAUUCGAUCCAUUCCAUUGCAUAUCGGUGCAGUUGCCCCAGCUGUCGCAGCAGCCGGUCUUCGUGAGGGUAAUCUAUGCCUCCCAGCAGCCAAAACAGGUGCAACUGGGACUCGGGGUGCCGCACGUCUCUCCGGUGAUGGUACUGAGGGAGCAGCUGCAUGCUGACACGGGAAUCCCCGUAGAUCGGAUGAUCCUGGCGGAGAUUUGCGAGAGUGGGUUCAGUCGGGUGUACUGCGAUUCGCAUCUCACGUCGUCAAUUGGCAGCGAUGGAUCGGUUUACUGCAUCGAAAGUCCACCAGUGGCGGAGGGGAUUACUCAAAUUGUGCUCUGCAUUAGCAACGCCCGGAGGGAUGUGGGAAGUGGCGAAGUUAGGCGAUUUGGAACCCCAUUUUGCAUAGUUGUCAAUCGUGACGUGUCGUAUGUGGAGCUUCAGAAGCUGCUGUUGAAAGAAAUGUCUGGCAUCCUAAAAUCGGAAGUGUUUGCAUUCAACACUCCACUGCAGGAGAUGUUUAAGAUGCGAUUACAGGAUCCUUCCUGCGAUGCGGAUGCGUUUCUCGAGGCUACGGUCGAGCAUCCGCUGUUUACCGAAAUGAUUGAUUUGGCUUUGUCGGUGCUACCCACGGAUGCGGGAUCUGCUCACGUUAAACUGUUGAUUGAGUGGAUCAAUCCGGAGCGAUUCUUCAGCGAUAUGACCGAUCCGUUCGUGGAGCACGAGAGUGUUAAUCAAAUGAAGGAGAAGAUUCCGGCUAGUUCGGCACUCACGCUGGAACAGUGCCUCGAACAUUACACCAAAGCAGAAACGCUCAGUGCGGAGGAUGCUUGGCGGUGUCCGCACUGCCAGAAGUAUCUUCCGGUGGUGAAAACACUUGGCUUGUGGUCGCUGCCGGACAUAAUGGUGAUUCACUUCAAACGAUUCCGGCAGCAUCAAUUGCGUGGACCGCAGGCUGCCAAAUUAACCACACUGGUUAAGUUUCCACUGAACGGCUUCGACAUGAGUCCUCAUGUCGCCAGGGACUCCGGUGAGGAUGUAUCAACCACGGGACUCGGGGAUAAUUGGAGUCCAUGGAGAAAAACGUCGAAACGUCAUACAACACAUUCCUACCAUCAACAUAAUCAGUACCAUUCCCCGAAUCAGCCAAUGGACAAUCGGUAUGAUUUGUACGCUGUUUGUUACCACCAGGGAGAUACCCUGGAAACGGGCCACUACACGGCUGCUUGUAAGAACCCAUACGAUCACCAGUGGUACAAGUUUGACGACCAACGGGUGUGUCAUGUACCGAAUGAUCGGAUUCAGGAGGAAAUCGUUAACAAUGAGGCUUAUAUUCUAUUCUACCAAAGACGCAAACUGGAUGGUUCCGAGUACUCUGGUACGAGUUCAAGCUCCGGAAUGGAUCACUGGAUAUCGCGUAUCGCCUCUGCAGCUCCGCUUGUGAGCGCAACUACCGAAUCAAAGCCAGAGGAGAUUGCACCGAAAACAGUUGAUCCUGUUGCGGUUACAGUCACUCCGGACGCGAAUGCCAUUCCGACGAAAGCGGUAAUCGAAGAAACCACAAUCAUACAUUCCGGGAGUGAAAGUGAAGUAAGCGAAAUUAAGACACUCGAAGAAGAGACUGAUGUGAGUGAAGCGGCGGCGGUGGCGAUAGUGAAGAACGAUAUUGAACCCCCGGUAGAAGCUGUAGCUCCGAACGUCAUUCACGUUGAGGCUGAAGUUCAACCCGAAAUCAAACCUUCAGAAGAGGAAAGUCGAUUGGAAGAGCUACCAACGCCAACGGAAGAGUUCUCCAACCAAAUGAGUGAGGAAAAAUGCGACGAGGAUUAUACCUCGAAGGAAACUUCAAUCAGUACCACUCCCACCCCCAUUGAGGACAGUUCGUCACCCGAGCUGAGAAAUUCUUCCGAUCCUAUGACCUCACAGCAGUCCCAUUCGAAUGAUUCGAAAUCAACGGACACGAGUAGCCGUUUCUCGUUGCCAACUUCGCACUCCCACUUCCAGGACAUUCUCUGGCGGGAAAAUGCGACCAUGUCGGAAUUCAUUUCGAAUCACCAUCAUCAUCGUCCCUCGUCGUUUACCUUCAAAUCCUUCGAGUCGGAUGCUGUUUCGUUGAUUCGUGGAGCGAACACAUGCAGCAAGGAUACCCUGCUUUUCAUCGAUCAACAGUCCCAUGCUGCCGGGCUGGAUCGGGUUGUGCUGGAUGAUGAUGACGACCGGAACGAUCUGAUCGGUGCCAAUCGGUCACUGUGGAUAUCGCCAGUCACCCCGCAUAAGUUGAUAACGGUGUCUCCCAAAAACUGAGCAAAGAUUUCAAUAAUCUACCACCAACCACAACCUCCCAACCACCAAAAAGAUUCAGCAAAAGGCAGCCCGUGUGGCUCUGCGGCAGGCGGCAGCGCGUGUGUGCUAAUCAAUAGUUACAAACCCCCUGUUGAAAGUUUUUAAGUUGUUUUUAUGUUUUAUGAUUAUUAUUGUCUCCUUUUGUGAGUGUGAGCAUGUGUAUGCGUGUAGAAACCAUUGUGCAUGUUGGUUGCGUGUGUGCGUCCCCCAAUGGCCGGAUAGAUAUUUAUUUCUGUUUUGUUUUGCUGUGAAUUGUUUGUACUUUAGGUAGAGAUAGAGGUGAAUAGUCGUCGUCGACAGCAGAUGUGUGUUUUAGGGUCUGAAACCCCUCUUCCUAUUUUUGUUUUUGUGUAUUUUUUUAAAUUUUUUGAUACAAUUUAGUUCUCAGUCACAUUAAAGGCUAUUUAAUUUCUUCCCCCAAAACAAAAAUAUAUCUCUAAGAGCAAUUAACGAAAUGAAAAUGAAUACAAAAAAAACAGUUCGCGUAAAUUUUCUAAGUACAUAUUUUGAUGAAUAUUUCAAUAACUAGUAGUAGUUAAGGCAAGUAUAGAAACAAACCCUGAUAAUAAGCAAAACAAAAGUCGUAGCGAACGCGUUUAGAGUUUAGUGUGUGAUAAAAUCAAAGAUACGAGAUUCAAGCGUAGAUAUUAACAAAAAAAAAAUUAAGGGAAAAAUCGAACGGGAACGUCAAGCAUAAAGAAACAAGUACAAUUUAAUGUUAGUUAUUUGAUUGUAAAAAGAGGGAUAACAUUAUAAAUUAUUAGAGUAUAAAGGAUACG